UAUUAACAUCGUUACGUUUUACCGGAUGACGUCUAAAUUGUUAAUGAAUAGUUACAAAUUUUAAACGGAAAGUUAGUGCUAUAAUUUAUUUGAAUGACAAUUAUUUAUUUAUAAAUUAAUAUCAUUGGAAUUUUUUUCGUGCCAAUGUUUUCUACAUUAUACUUAUAAAACAUGAUUUUUAAUUCCUGGACUUCGUUUAUUAAUAUACUGUUUAUAUUAUUGAUCUCUUGUGCUUUAUUGCAUUUAAAUUCAAUACAAUGUAAAAGUAGGUUAGACCAUAGUAUACAAAGUAACAGUAUACAUUUUGAUGAAGAUGUGCAACUUGAAACCAAAAUUGUGGAUGGUGCUCUACCUCUUAAUAGUAAAAAUAUUGAUAUGACAUUAGCAUCCAAUGAGCUUGUUAUAAUUAACUUUUAUGCAGACUGGUGUCGAUUUAGUGGUAUGCUUACUCCAAUAUUUAAUGAAGCUGCUAAUAAAAUUGCUGAAUUAUACAAGCAACCUGGCAAAGUUGUCCUAGGAAAAGUAGACUGUGAUACUGAAACUGCUGUAGCUUCCAGAUUUCAAAUAACUAAAUAUCCUACUAUAAAAGUAUUGAUAAAUGGUCAACCUGCUAAACGAGAAUACAGGGGUAAGAGAUCAGUUGAUGCAUUUGUAUCUUAUGUACAAAACCAACUCGAAGACCCAGUUCAAGACGUAUCAAAUUUAGUUGUUUCUAAAGAUACUAUCGAUGAAAAAAAAAGGGUUAUUGUUGGUUAUAUUCAUAAUAAAGAAUCCAAGGAUUAUCAUGUGUUUAAAAAAGUUGCUAAAAAUCUCAAAGAUGAUUGUGGCUUUUAUGUUGGGAUUGGUGUAUCAUUUGGGGCAUCUCAUGGUCUCACAUCAAAUGACACUAUAGUUGUAUUUAGGCCAGAUCAUUCUUCUCCAGAAUCAGAACACUUAAAAUUUGAAGGUGAACCCUCAGAUUACGAUGCUUUGAAUAUUUGGGCUACUUCUAAUUGUGUACCAAUGGUUCGUGAAAUAACAUUUGAAAAUGCUGAAGAAAUCACUGAAGAAGGCUUACCAUUCUUUAUAUUUUUUUACAACCCUAAUAAUCUUGAAUCGGUUAAAAAAUUUAAGGAAAUCGUAAGCACUCAUCUCUUAGAAGAAAAACAGAGAGUCAAUUUUUUGACAGCUGAUGGUUUAAAGUUUGCUCAUCCAUUACAACAUUUAGGAAAACAAGAAUCUGACUUACCAGUAAUAGUAAUUGAUAGUUUCAAACAUAUGUAUCAACUACCAAAAGAUGUGGAUUACACACAACAUGACCGUUUAAAACAGUUUAUUGAUGAUCUCUAUUCUGGCAAAUUGCAUAGAGAAUAUCAUUUAGGUCCUCAAGAUAUAAUAAUUACUGAGUUAGUAAAUAAUGAUCAACCAAUUGAACAAAAGACAUGGCCUCCUGAAUCAACAUUUAAGAAAUUGGCACCUUCUAAAAAUCGAUAUACUUUGCUAAAAGAAGAGUUGUAAAUAAAAAUAAUUUAAAUUUGUCCAACUAUUAUUACACAGCUAUAUUUCUCUUGAACUUAAAUGCUUUUCUUUUAUUGUACUAUUAUCUGUAUUAUCUUUACCAAGAUUUUAAUAAAAACAAAGGAUUAUUUAUUUUUUA